AUGGAAGGUGAUAAUGUUUUAACAGGAGGAGUAGGUUUGUUAUUACGAUAUGCUAGUCAGAAUUCAUUGGAUGAGAGUUCUCAAAAACAAGUACCAAGGUCAGGGAGACGUGAACGAACUCCCUAUAGAAAUAGCUCUCAUACAGUUCGUGCAUUUGAAGUUUUACAAUCUUUGCGCAGAGAUGAGGUUUUUUGUGAUAUUAAAUUAGAAACGGAUGAUAAUACAGUAGUAUUUGGACACAAAGUUGUUUUAGCAUCUGCUAGCCCUUAUUUCCAUGCCAUGUUUACGAGUUUUGAAGAGAGCAAUAAGGAUCAUGUAAUUAUUAGAGAAUUGGAUUCUACAGCAUUAAAACUUCUUGUAGAUUUUAUUUAUACUGCCCAAAUAAUGGUCAGUGAAGAAAAUGUGCAGGUUUUGUUACCAGCUGCAAAUCUCUUACAGUUACACGAUGUACAAGAUGCAUGUUGUGAUUUUUUACAAUCACAACUGCACCCUACAAAUUGUCUUGGUAUUAAGGCAUUUGCUGAUUUACAUGGCUGUAUGGAACUAUUGUCUAGUUCUGAAUCAUAUAUUCAACAACACUUUUCAGAAGUGGUUGAAGGUGACGAGUUCCUAUCCUUAUCAUCUGAACAAGUAAUUAAGUUAAUCUCCAGUGAUGAACUCACUGUUCCAUCUGAAGAAAAAGUAUUUGAAUGUGUUAUUUGUUGGGUAAAUUAUGAAUCAAGURGUAGAAAAGAUAUUUUGCCUAAGCUAAUGGAGCAUGUUCGUUUGCCUUUAGCAUCAAAGGAAUAUCUACUUAAGAGAGUAGAAGAGGAACCACUUCUCAAAAAUAGUCUUGAAUGUAAAGACUAUAUAAUUGAAGCAUUAAAUUUUCAUUUACUCAAGUCUGAACAGCCUGGUACUAUUCCAAAAACCAUUCGCACCAAGCCUAGACAACCUGUUGGUUUACCUAAAGUAAUAUUAGUGGUUGGCGGACAAGCGCCUAAAGCCAUUCGUAGUGUAGAAUGGUAUGAUCCAGCAACCAACCGAUGGCAGUCUGGGCCAGAAAUGAGUACGCGUCGUUGUAGAGCAGGCCUAGCUGUUUUAAAAGAUCGUCGUGUAUUUGCSGUGGGUGGUUUUAAUGGUUCAUUAAGGGUUCGUACAGUUGAUAUGCUUGAUUUGUCAUCGCCAUCACCUUGUUGGGUACCAACAGUUGCUAUGUUAGCUAGGCGAGGAACUUUAGGAGUAGCUGUAUUGGAUAAUUGUAUAUAUGCUGUUGGCGGGUUUGAUGGUAGUAGUGGUUUAAAUAGUGCAGAAGUAUUUGACUGCAGUACUCAAGAAUGGCGAAUGGUUUCUAGUAUGUCUACUAGAAGAAGUAGUGUUGGCGUUGGAGUCCUCAAUAAUCUUUUAUAUGCUGUAGGAGGUUAUGAUGGAUUAUCAAGGCAGUGUUUAAAAUCUGUUGAAUGUUAUCAUCCCAGUACUGAUACAUGGACACCAGUUGCAGAAAUGUGUGUACGUCGCAGUGGUGCUGGUGUUGGAGUCUUAGACGGUGUAAUGUAUGCUGUCGGUGGUCAUGAUGGACCUGAAGUUCGUAAUAGUGUUGAAGCCUAUAGACCAAGUACUGGAGUUUGGACUUCUAUUGCUGAUAUGCAUAUGUGUCGAAGAAAUGCUGGAGUAGUUGCAUUAGACGGAUUAUUGUAUGUUGUGGGCGGUGAUGAUGGAGCUUCCAAUUUAGCUUCCAUAGAAAUUUACAACCCCAACACCAAUACAUGGUCCAUGUUAUCAGCCUCUAUGAAUAUUGGCCGAAGUUAUGCUGGAGUGGUAGUCAUUGAUAAACCUCCACAUUUUAAUAAUUAAAUGGUAUUCAGGUGUAUUAUUGUUAAAUAAUAAAUUAUUUAAUUUAAGUAACGUGAA